GAAGCGGCUGCGGUCGCGGAUCUGGCUUCGUGCGAGUCCGGGGGUCGCCUUUCCCCCGCUUGGCUUGCUGAGGGUUUGCUUCGCUUUCCUGAGGGGGCAGCUUUGCCGCUCUGGCGAAUAGAUAAAAUCCUGGAAGGCGAUGCCCAGCGGGGUUUAUUCCCCCUCCCUGUGCUGAAUCUGUGAACCUGGGCGGGUCGUGAGAGGGAGGGCAGGAAGGCUUGCAUCAGUGCUCGGUUCUCGGGGGCCCUUCCUCCAUGCCUACGUUGCUGACCAUGGCUCAGAAGCAAGUCAUUGUUCCAGAGCUGACUGAAAAGAGCUACUCUGCCUGGCUUCAAGCUCAUUUGAAGGAAGAGGGAGCAGCAGCCCCCCUUGAAACUGACCCUCCAGAAACAGGAGAGGAUGAAAUCGCAUGUUGGAACGACCAAAACAAUAAAGCGAAGAAUGUUAUUGUUCGGUGUUUAUCUGAUAAGCAGCUUGUGUAUGUUAAGGUGCAAAAGACAGCAAAGGGAAUGUUGAGGGCACUUCAGAAGGCAUACGGUCGGCAUGAGGAUCACAGCCAGGUCGCUUUGUUCAUGGAGCUUUUUUCAACCAGGCUUCAGGAGAAUGGGAAUGCGGAUGCUCAUAUAGAAACCAUGCUAAACCUAAUUGACAUUCUGGCUGCUGGUGGUCGCAUACUGGAUGAAAUUUUAAAAAUAGGAUUAUUUCUGAGUUCGCUGCCCAAGUCCUAUUCAUUUAUUUCACCUAGUUAUGGAAGAGAGACUAAUCUACAGGAUAUUUGGGGGCAAAUAAGAGCUGAGUACCGCAGACGAAAAGGCUACUGUCAUCAGAACAAACACAAUACUGACUCAAAUUACCUGCUCAGAGAGGCUGGACCCAGAAGGGCAGUCACUAAGCCCAUCGACUGGAGAAAGCCCAAUCCAGGAGGCAGAAGAACGGCCCCUCGCUGCUUCAAACGCAACAAGCCAGGUCAUCUUCAGAGGCAAUGCUUAAACAGCUAAGGCCCGGAAUGGCACGUUGACUUACUCAGGGCUUCAGAUAAGCCAAGGCCGAUCCCCGUCUUUACAGUAGAUCUGAAGAUGGAAGGUGGACAUUUAUCCUGAUUUAUGUUGAUGAUCUGAAUAUUUGCCAUGAAAAUCCAAUUGACAGUGCUGAAAUUAUAUCUCAUCUAAGCAAAGAAGUAGAAGCCACACACCUAGGAAUUUAGAUUGAACUUUUGUUUGGGAAUUUAGAUUGAACAAGAACCAGAUAGAAGUUAUCUUCUUAAUGAAAAAUAGAAGAUACUGGAAAGCCUCGGCCCAGAAGGUGUUAUUCCAAUGCUCACACCAAUGGCAUUAGGUUUCUACAAAGAAAAGAUACCCAGACAACAACUGAUACACAGGUGUCAUAGGCAAGCUUGUAUACUUAGCAAUGACAACAAGACUGGAUAUUGCCAGGGGCUGUAAUGUCUUACUUAAAUAAUUUAGCUUACUCACCACAAAGACUGCAUUUAAAAGGGUGAUAAGAUACUUGAAGCGAUUGCCAAGAGACAAGUGCCAAGGACCGUGAGGCAAGCUGGACCUUGUGAUGGCUUACAGAGUGUUGGAAUAGAGGCAUGCCUGGACACUGGGGGGGUGCUGCGUUUCUCUUUUAGAACUAGAUUGUGUGAAUGGGUUAUCGUCCUAAUGGACAGGAUGGUUCUCUUUGUCGAAGCUGGGAGCUUCUCUCUGGCUCCUUUGAUUCCUGUGCCCUGUGUGUUCUUUCUUCUCUUCUUGGUCUUGCAAGAGGUCUCUCCCUGUGGAACCAUGCCAAAGGCCAUGCCCAAGCAUGCACGCACUUCCAAGUGCAUGCAGCUGAAUUAGCUGGCCAUUCAUGAUGCCAAAAAUAUUCUUUAGACGAGGCUUCUUCCUCUUUUCAACUACAAAGUGGAUGUGAUCAUCACACCCUGAAGGCCACACACGGGCCCAGCCGACCAGUGGGGAGUGAUGCAGCCACGGGCACUGAGCCCAGGCAGUUGUGAGUCUUAUGGGGAAUAUGCUGAGGGAAGGACCGAAGGGGAAGGACUGCUCACCCACCCCCCUGGAACGAGCCCUGCAGAUGUAGGUUCAGGUUCAGGUUCCUGCUUACUGGCCAAGCAGCAGGCAAAAAGGAGGAAGAGGCCAGACUAGAACUCCUGCUGAAGAGCAGCACUUGAGCCACUCACUAGCCUGGGCACCCAGGAAGGACACACAGCAGGUGGCGUUAGGCACCCCAGCCUUCCACACCAACCCUCCGGAGCAGGGCAGCGAAGCCAAAGGGUUAGCAUACCCGGGGGGCCUUGGUUCAAAUCCCAAAAGAGGAGAGCCCCGAGCCCCUGCAGCUGCACUCUCAAGCACAGCUGAGAUUUUACCCCAUCGAAUAUCAUCUAUCACUGCCCUCGGGGGAGGGGGGGCUCAUUACCACUGUCUGCUCCUGGCAGUCUCAACCAUGUUUACGCUCCAUCCAUCCCUGCCUGUCCCCCUUUCUGGACGCUGCAUGGCUGAUCAUGCACCAGCAGUGAGGUGUGGGAGUGUGCAGCCUGGAUACCUCCCCAUCCCUUUUGCAACAGCACAUCUGUGCCCCUUUUGGACACCUUCCCCCCCCCCACCAGCAUGGGCUGCGUGCUGAACACAGCUGAGCUUAGGGACAAGCAGGAGGAGGGAACCUGGCCCCUCUGCUAAAGCCCGUUUGAAGAGAGACGCAGGCCCCGUGCUCACUGGACAGCUUUCUAAGAGCUGGAACCAAAGUGAACGGGGGUUGCCAGUGCCCUCAUCCUAGGGAGGCCGUGCUCUAGCAAGCGGCAAUGAUGGGCCACAGACUUGUGGGCAGAGGUGUCCCAAUCACCGCCCGCCCGUGCAUGAGCAGGGCAACCAUGUGCGCCUGGCAGCUGUCUGAGCGGCCAGCGAUGCUGCAGGAGCAGGGCUGGGAUGAGAGACUUGGCAACCUUCAUAGCAGAACUGUGAAAUCCACACUGGUCACUGCAGCUGUCAGUCAUGCUAUGGGUUUGGCAGGUGGUUGGCGUUGUAUUGGGUCUGUAGUCCUUCCUGGGCCCUGCCCUUUUGGCUGGCUGGCUGCCACCAUGGAGUCCAAAAAGGCCCAAGGAUGGUUCCACUUAGACAGAAGAGAACGAGGGUGCCCUGGGAGUCUGCACGUGGCACUCUGUCGGGUCCAUCAUGGAGGGGGGGGUCCCUACUUACGAGGAGGUGUAGUGGAGCCAGCACGCGACUGUCUGCUGGGGCUGCUCCAGGGGAUUUGACCUGCAAGGUGAUGCGCCUCUGAAGUGUUUGGUCAGCCGUAGCACAGAUUGGAGCGGAGGGACUGGUUGUGCCCCCCCCCCCAAGCGUGGCUCCGGAGUGCCAG